AUGGAGCAAGCGGCGGCUGAAGGAGAACCAGGCGGCGAGGCGGCCGAGGGUGGGCAAGGCGGGGCGGCCGAGGGCGGGCAAGGCGGGGCGGCAGAGGGCAGGCAAGGCGGGGCGGAAGAGGGCAGGCCUGGAGGCGCGGAGGGCGGACCUGGAGGCGUAGAGGGUGGACCUGGAGGCGCGGAGGGCGAGCAACGCACCGAUUUGGGUUGGUCGGCUUGGGCAGAUUGGCAAGAAGGGAUGGAUCCAGAAAAGGUAGUGCAUAUGUUGAUUGCAUACUGUGAUCCCUCCAAAGAAGCAUAUGAGCCUAUCGCCGAGGAUUGGACAGAUGUUCAAGCAGACAACAACACAAAAGAGGCCGAUGAUAGUUAUCUUUGCAACCCAAUCCCGCAGAAUGAGCAUGUUGGUAUUGAUGAGGAGAAAAUGUAUUUGGAGAAAGAACCUAUACCUCCAAAAUUGGUUCUUUUUUCUGGUAAAGAGAAAGACAAAACCAAUGUUUCUGAGGAUGAGAGCGAGGAUGGGAGCAAGGAUGGGAGCGAGGAUGGGAGCGAGGAGGAGCCUGAAGUAGAGGAGGAGGAGUUGCAUGAGCUAGAUCAUGCCCCAAAUAUAGAGUAUGACCAACAAGACCCUCCAAUGACUGUAGGAUCCACAUAUCCCAAUAUGGAGGUGUUUAAGUUGGCUCUUUCUCAGCAUGCAGUCAAACGUGACUUUGAGUAUAACACAGAGAAGAGCACACAACGUAGGUUAAGGGCCUAUUGUAAAAGAAGAGAUGAAGAUGAUUGCCCAUGGAGGAUACAUGCUUCUACAACAGCUGAUAGGCGCACUGUAAUGGUGAAAAAGAAACCUUUUGAGCACGAUUGUUCUAGUACGAAAAGGAAAAAGAAAGUGAAGAACGCAACUAAGCUCUGGAUAUGUGAGAAGGUGAAAGAUUGGCUCAUUGAAGAUGCAACUCUAGGAGCAAUGGAAUUGCGAAAAAAGCUGAAAGAACACUACAAGAUUAAAAUCCACUACAAGAGAGUCUAUAUGGCUGGCAGGCCUAAAACUGAGAGAUAUAAAGGUUGUAGUGACAAGAAAAGAAAAAAGGGCAAGCACUUAUGUCCAAUUUGUAAGGAAUAUGGGCAUCAUUGGCACAACUGUAAGAAGGGUAACCCUGAUGACAUUGCUGCAAUGUUGGCUAUUAGAGAACCACCAAAGAAGAGGGCAAAGACUAGCAAAACAGCCCAAUCCAUUGUGCCUUGCGAGGAUGGAGCACCAACAAGGAUGCUUUUUCCACCACCAAGCCAAAGCUUGGAAACUACAACUAAGAAAAAGAGAAAACAUGACAACACUGAAUCUGGAGGUUCAAAGAGAUCAAAAACUGGCUCCAUUGAGAAUGCCAAGACGAAAAAGAAGGUUGCUGAGAAGAUUCCGGUGCCACUUGACAGCCCAGCAAUGGGCACAAGGAGCAGAAAGUUUAAUCCUCCUAGCCCUGCUAUGAGCACAAGAAGCAAAAGAAGGCUCGGCCUGUAAUUUCAUAUGCGUCUAUGCUCUUCCAUUGAUGUAAUGGUUCUUUUGGAGUUCCUGUGAUAUGACGGUUCUUUUGGAAGUCCUUUAGCCUGACAUAUGUGAACUAUUGGUGACUUA